UGUAUAAUGAAUAAGUGAGACUUUGAUGGGGCUCGUCCUCUUUCCUCUGAGUCAGAACCUAUGAAUAGGGUCAAAAUGUAACUUCUUCUUUUGCUUGUCACAAACUUUUCUCAUACUUUCCUUGCAUUGGUUUGGUUUGUGCCGUAACACAAAUUCAGCUCUGAAUAGAAAAUAGAGGACUUUGUUGAAGUACCGAAGUUAAUUUGAUAAACUGAGACCCUGCAUUGUAAAGAGACAUGGAGGCUGUUUUAGGACUGUUGGUGAUCUCAGCAGGAGUGUCUCAUGGCUUGGAAACUUCCUGUGAUGCUAGAGAAGAUGGAUCUCAGUGUUAUGGAGCUCUGGGAGGAACUGUCUAUCUCCAGCUGACUAAUAUCACAGGAUAUAAUGAACUCUCAUUUUAUAAAGGCCCAACCGGUGCUAGAACAGAGAUACUGAAAAUGAGGAUGGACAAAUGGUUAAUAAAAGACACCACCAUUGAAGACAGAGUACACUUCUUUAUAAACAAUGGGACAUUUAGGUUAAAUAACCCAAGAAGGAAUGAUUCUGGUGAAUACCUGCUACAAGAAUUUAAUUCAGUAGGGAAAUUAUCAGGGAUCAGAGGACUACAACUGUUCAUCGAAGCUCCAGUGUCCAGUCCUCAGCUGUCCUCUGAGUGUCUGUCUCAUGGAGAGAUGAAGGUGUCCUGCUCCUCUGAGGGGGAUGGUCCCCAGUACAGCUGGACUCUGGAUGGACAGACGCUGAGAGACACUGAGACCUCUCCUGGUGAAGAGACAAACACCAUCACUCUGAAGAAAGACCUGUCAGGAGAUCUCACCUGUACUGUCAGAAACAACAUCAAUAGUGAUACUGUCAGCAGGAGAAUCGUACACUGUCCAGGGCUGAUAUAUGUUAACUGCACCUUAUCCAACGGGACAAAGAUAUCAGAGUGGGUGAAUGCCACUGGUAAUACCCUAUGUGUUGAGUCUACAACAGUGGUGACUGUGACUGAGGUCCCCACCAGUAAAACCUCCACUGGACCAGUGUUCAAUGUGUUUGUUUAUUUCCAACUUGCUGAAGUCUUCAUUCUGCUGACAAUCUGUCUGGGAUCAUACUGUUUCUACAAGAAGAAAACUUGUCCUCAAGAACAAGAUGAUGGCAUGGAGACCCUGUGAUCUUGGUAGAGAGUAUGGAUCUCAGUGUUAUGAAGCUCUUGGAAGGAACUGUCUCUCUCCAGAUGAUGACUGAUGCCAUGGGAUCUGAACUCAUAUUAAGAAAAAAAAACACUGGUGUAACACAUACUCUGUUUUAUAUUGCUAAAAUAUUAAGAUUUCCGAAAGGGAAACACUUUAACUAAUUGUAAUUUUAUAUAGUCUUUAUUCAUAAAAUAUUUGUUUUUAUAACCAGAAUAGGCUACUUUAUUGAAAAUAGGUUGAAAACAAACAAGUAAUUCCGAUUUAAUUGGUUUUUACAAUAAUAACUGUUUUUUCACCUAAAUUAAUACAUGUUCAGAACACAAAUGCAGCUGACAGUACUAUCCUGUUUCUGGUGGUAUACAUUCUCUACAUAUGACACAGUAUUUAUGAUAGUCAUUAUGGUAUUGCCCUGUAGUGGCAUAAAGAUGGUCCAGUCUGUUUGUGGUGUGUAGUCAACUCCUCUCUGUGUUUCUCCUUUGCCAUUCCAAAUAUCUCAUUUAGAGUUAAAGUUAGUUAGAAACAGUUAUUAAAUUGUCACUCCACAGUGAACCAAUCAAAAACAAAAAUCCUAGUCAAACACAUUUUCUAUUGUAGUCAUCUAUAAUUCUUGACAUCUAUACAUUAUUGGAAUCAGUUAUUAUGCAUUACAUCAUAUGUUGCAUAAACAAAAAAACAACAAAGUAGCCUUCUCUGACACCAGGUAGCCUUGAGGUCAGAGCGUUGGCCCAGUAACUGAAAGGUCGCUGGCCCCACAAUGAUAGCAGUACAAUGACAGAAGAGGUGGCUACAGAGCAUAUAAAGAAUGGAACCAGACAAACAUAUAGAGGCAUCAACCCAUUUCUUCGACAAAAGCAUUUACGGGAACAUAUCUGACCUGUCCACAACAUUUUCUGUGGAACUCAGAGUUAAUUCAGUUCACAAACUAAAGGUCUAUAAAAACACACUCUCACCUUGAUUUUCUAUGUUUAAAAUGUUUCCCCACACAAGGCCACCAUUAGGAGGUUCACAUUGAACACAUGACCUGUGUGGUGUAACAUUGUUUCUCAACCUUUCUUGCGACAGUUAAACUAGCACUUGAGACUAGCAACAGACACAGCUGUAUAAAGGGCAUAGUAUUUACUAAAUAACGUACAGUAUAGAGUUCACAUGGACCUACCACAAGGCUCGGUCUAUGGUACAGAAAUACAAAGUCCUCAAAGACUGUGUGACAAUUUCUUCUGUAUCACAUUUCCUCUUUUAGCCCUCAUGCAAAUCUAGUCUCAAGAUCUCUUGUUCACUUGUGUGUGUGGUGUAUCUUACUUCUUGUUGUAUCUUAUGCCUUAUUGUUAACAACAUUUGCAUGCAUUUGUCUGUGAAAUAAAGAAGUGAGAUCAAGACUGUGUUCAAACACUUCCUUUUUCAUCCCUGAAGUGACACAAUCUAUCGUGUGUUUUGCUCAAACAUCCCAGUCACUUGAUGUAUCAGGUUGAUUGAGUUUGGCAUCUGAGUUUGGGAUUUGUGUCGUGAAUCUAUAGUUGCCAACAUAUAUAACACAUAUCAGUGGUUGGCCAUUGUGAAGACAACAUGCUUGUGGUGUUUGGGCUCCUGGUGAUGUUAACUGGACUCUCUAAUGGCACGGAGGAGAAAUCCUGUGAUGCUAGACAGAACAUGUCAUGUCACGGAGCUCUUGGAGAAACUGUCUAUCUUCAGCUGAUGAAUAAUGCCACAGGGUCUGAACUAAUAUUCAAAAAAGACCCCACUGGUGCAAGUAUACAGAUAUUCAUAAUGAAAAACAACACAGUGAGAAUCCAUGACUCCAUUAAAGCUAGAUCAGAGUUCUUUAUCAACAUCGGAACAUUUAGGAUAUCUAACACAGUAAAGAGUGAUUCUGGUGAAUAUGUCUUAGAAAUCUAUGGUUCAAAUGGAACACAUUUGAGCACCGGAGGAGUACAACUGAUCAUUGGAGGAGAAUCUUAUGGGACUGUCAUAGGCUCACUAGUAGCUGUGGUCCUGGUCCUAACCGUGGUGGUAGGACCAUACUGUAUUCACAAGAGGAGGACACCUUCACAGACGCCAGUCCCCACAGAUGCUGAUGAGAGUCCAGAGCUGGAAUAUGCUGACAUCAAUAUUCUAAAGAAGAUGGAGAAACACAGGGAGGUUCCAGAGGAUGUGGGGCUUGGAAACUUCCUGUGAUGCUAGAGAAGAUGGAUCUCAGUGUUAUGGAGCUUUGGGAGGAGCUGUCUAUCUCCAGCUGGUGACUGAUGCCACGAGAUAUGAUGAACUCUCAUUUUGGAAAGGCUCAACUGGUGCUAAAACAGAGAUAAUGAAAACGAAGAAUGACAAAUGGGUAAUAAAAUACACCCCCAUUGAAGACAGAGUACACUUCUUUAUAAACAAUGGGACAUUUAGGUUAAAUAACACAAGAAGGAAUGAUUCUGGUGAAUACCUGCUACAAGAAUUUAAUUCAGCAGGGGUAGCACAAGGGAGCAGAGGACUACAACUGUUCAUCGAAGCUCCAGUGUCCAGUCCUCAGCUGUCCUCUGUGUGUCUGUCUCAUGGAGAGAUGAGGGUGUCCUGCUCCUCUGAGGGGGAUGGUCCCCAGUACAGCUGGACUCUGAAUGGACAGACGCUGAACGACACUGAUGCCCCUCCUUAUAAUAUGACAAACACCAUCACUCUGAAGAAAGACCUGUCAGGAGAUCUCACCUGUAUCGUCAGAAACAACAUCAACCGUAAUACUGUCAGCAGGAGAAUCUCACACUGUCCAGGGCUGAUAUAUGUUAACUGCACCUUAUCCAACGGGACAAAGAUAUCAGAGUGGGUGAAUACCCUAUGUGUUGAGUCUACAACAGUGGCGACUGUGACUGAGGCCCCCACCAGUAAAACCUCCACUGGAUCAGGGUUCAAUGUGUUUGUUUAUUUCCAACUUGCUGAAGUCUUCAUUCUGCUGACAAUCUGUCUGGGAUCAUACUUGUUUUACAAGAAGAAAACUUGUCCUCAAGAACAAGCAGUGUUUGCAGUCUCUCAGGUUGAUCACGGUGGGACUCUAAGAGGGGUGUUGAUGUAGUGAAAGUUGCCAUGGAGACCACGACUAAUGAUGAUGUUAUACUGCUUAUUGCUGUUUUACUCUUAAUCAAGCUCAAACUCAAAGCACAGUCACGUAAUUAGUUCUUUUGACAUAUGUCUUCAUAGUUUCAUAAUGUUCCUUCAGACCUGCCCUUAACAAAGUUAUAAUGAAUGAUCUAUGCGAUGGUAUUUAUUUAAUUUUAACUGUAGUGUUUUAGGGGUUUUUCAUUUGUACAUACAGUUUUUUAUAAACUAAUGAAAAUGCUAUUGUGUUUUUGAAAAUACAUUCUCUUUCGUAUUCGAAUGUGACCUAAGGCCUUCACAAACAGAUUUUUAUUUUGCGAUAGCAAAUAUGUAGUGUUCAAAAGGUACCUGCACUCAAAACUAUGAAAAGGAAUGCAAAAAUAAUGCACUUAAUGUAAUCAAUGCUCAAAAGAAUACAAAAAGGUUCUAGGAAACAAAAACAGAGUAUGCAUUUUGACCACAUGUUUUUAUUAGUGCUGUGGAACUGUAACAGACACUUCUAUUCUUACUGUAACUUCAUCAUGUUUUGAUUUGAUGUGGUAUUUGUGCGAUUUUGAAUGCAUUGAAAUAAAACCAAGCUACUUUUGAAACAUUCUGGACCUUCAGAAUGGCACCAAA